AUGUCUCGAUCAUGUAUAUUAUUUGCCACAAUUAGUAUGUUAUUUUGCACUACUGCUCAUAGUACAGUAAAUCGAUACAUGACUCAUUAUGAUUUAACGAGAGAUGGAAAAGUUGAUAAUCGAGAAUUAAGGACGGUAGCAUAUAUGAAUCACAAACUUCCAUCAACAAUAAGCAAUGAUAUAUUUCGGAAAGCGGAUCGAAAUGGCGAUAAGUUUAUAGAUCGAAUUGAGAUUAUUGCAGCAGCUAAACUAGUCCAAAGACACGUCGCACGAGCCACCUUGCGUUGGCUAGAAGAUCAUGAUACAGACGGCGAUGGCCUACUAAAUGAAGCAGAAUUAUUCGAAUCUAUUUACAUGGAGCUUGGUUUAUCAAAGAGAGAUGUGAGCGGUUGUUUUCAAGAAAGUGAUAUCAACAAAGAUAGAUAUUUGUCAUCCAGUGAAUUGAUAGAAACGCUCCAUUGCAGCAGAUUAUUGGCACUAAAAGAAGCAAAAGAACUAUUGAAGAUCUAUGAUACUGAUGGAGACCAUCGUUUGAAUAUUCAAGAAGCGCAAAUGUUAGCUGAUUUACGUUAUGGUAUUGAACCCAGCUAUGCAACAAUUGUUUUUAAAGAUGCUAGCCAUCAAGCCGAUCAUACGAUAAAUGAGUUAGAGUUAAUCGACUUUCUCACUAAAUUACGGGAAAAAGCUGCUAUUACUGCAUUGAACAAACGAUCCAGUCUCGAUCAGAACGGUGAUGAGGCAGUAUCGUUCAGUGAAUUGGUGCAAGGAUAUGAGAAGCAAUUAAAAAAAUCUCUUUUAAAGAAAAUUUUUAACAAAGUGGAUAUUAAUAAGAACGCUUAUAUCGAUCCAGUUGAAUAUGUAUCGUUGCAAAACCUAAUUGCUGAUGAAAUUCUUCUUCAAACGGUACAAAAUGAAUAUUCUGCAGCUAAAAAUGCCGCAACAUCUCUACCGGCUUUGAUCAUUUUCAGUCCUUCUAAAAAACCGCAUAAUCAGCAACCACCCAGACAAAGAAGACGUCGUUCAGAUCUAGAAGCUGACAUAAAGCUGACGGUUAGUGAUAAAUCACAUCCAGGUAUCAGAGAACUGAUUGCAUCUAACGCAAGUAGUGUGCAUUUCAGUACAGUUGUUACUGCAGUACCAAAAUUUAUGGAAUUAAAUGAAAAAUAUCAAAAAUUCCUUUCCAAUGAAUCCAAAUUAAUUUCCAAAAUAUUCGCCAAUAGUGAAAGAUCAGAAAACAGAGAUGUAAUUGAAACCAAUAAUAUUAAAAAAAUUCGAGGAAAUUCGAUUUCUGAUGAGAACAUCUCACCAGUUAUUCCACCAAUAAUGCAAAGAGAUCGUAAGCUUACAUCAACUGUAAAGGAAGGACAAUUGGAAAGUCAUUCAAGAACUAAUGAAAAUGGACAUGUUCGAAAUCAAAAUGGGAUGCUUAAUAAUAGUCCAAAUGUUGUUUAUAUCAAGAAAUUUGAAAAAUUUUUUGAUUUUCUGGGAGAAGCUAUCAAAAAGAUAUCCCAAACGGUUAAAGAAAACGAAGAAAAGCAAGAAGGUUUGAAAAGUCUUCUGAGAAGCAUCAAUAUUACGAAACAUUCGAGUCCGAUUGCAAGCAACAUCUCAAGCACUGAAGCAAAUGAGACCGAGAAAAUAGUAAGUGUUUCCGAGAAUCCGAUCUCAAUCUCGAGAACUACUGAAAAGUUAAAAAAUCAGGGAAAUCUUGAUAACAUGAUAUACGGAAAAAACCGUAAUGAAGAGAAUUUGGUGGUCCAUACACCUAUUGACGACUCAGAAUAUAAAACAGUGGCAUUAAAAAACUUUAGCGAAUUGUUUGAUGUACCAUUUUUGCAACUUGACGAAGGAGAAAGUGAAACAGAAAUAAAGAUGAUAAAUAUUGAAGAGAAUGAGCAUGAACAUUCAUUUGACGAACGCAAUUUUCAUGAUGCAGUGGAAAAAAAUGAAAAGAAGUCUGAAGAUAUGGAUGAAGAUGGUUGUAUUUUAGAAGGUCAAACAGACUCCUCUGACGAAGAUGACUCUUCGGAGCAACCUGCUGGAUCAGUAAAGCUAUAUAAAUGCAAUAUGGAAACACAGACAACAAAUGGAAUUAAUAUCAAACCAUUGCAGGAAAUCCCAAAGAAAUUUAAGAAAGUAGAAUUGUUCUCUGAAUUUGACGAGGAAUCCAAAGACCACAAGAAACGAAGGCAAAAGUUACAGAACAAAUCUUUAAAUAAAACUGAUUCAUUAGAAUACGAAGUAACUUUACCAGUGUUAGAGGACAAAUCGUCAUCUGUUAGUUAUAAAGUGUAUUCCGAGUAUGACAAUGACGAUGCUAUUGAAAUGACUCCUGAUACGGACAGCGAUGAAGAGUCUGAUGAAUCCUUUAACGAAAGGACUACAAAACGUACAAACUUCAAUGAAUCAUCGGAACAUGAAUCUACAAACAGACAUAAAUUCACCCAUCAAUCUCUUCACUCUCGAUUCACUGAUGAACAUGAGAAACCAUUUCAUCAUGGAUCGGAUUCUAUGAAAUUUGAAAAAAUUUCUGUUAAAGCAAAAGGACAGAAAUUAUCACAGAAACCAGUGACACUGGAGGGAGAAAAAUCAAUAAAUACGUUUGAGUUACCUAUACAUACAUUGGUGGUAGAUAAGAAGUCUAAAGAAUAUAAAAUUCCGGAGCCGAAUUCAAUGUUUUCGAUAGAAGAAAAUGUCACCAAUAAAUACGAUCAAAAAAUGCAUCCACAAUCACAAACAACUGACUCUGAACUCUCAAAAUCACAAAACUCACCUUCGGAACAAUCGCAAUUGCAAGUUAUAAAUCCCGAGUCUCAAACACUACCGAAUAGUAGUAAGGAAGAAUUUUUUGAUGAAGUACUAGAUGAUAUGAUAAACGCAACAUUGUCCGAAAUACAUCAGCCAUCAAUGAUUUCUGAAGCUGCAAAGUCUAAAAAUCAUAAGGAAAAGGAUUUUCAAAAAACUACGAAGAGAUUAUUGAAAUUAAAAAAAAAUGAUGCAGUUUCACAAAUUCCAGAAAUUUCUGUGACCUCAACUUUGCUUUCCAAGACGUCAUCAACUCCUGUAACUUUACCUUCAUCUUCUAAAAUAUCAUCUUCAACAAAAACAAAUCCUAAACUCUCGACAACAAUGGAUCAUUCCAAUGAUGAAAUAGCUGCAACAGAAACUUUUUUAUUAACAGAUUACGAGAAGGAACAAAUAUCAGAAGCGCAUGCAAAUUCAAGAGCAAUUGUUGAAAUUGAAUCUGACAAAAUUAAUCAAACAUCCUUAACAUCCAAUACGGCGCCAAAUUCUGUAACACAUUUGGAAAACGAGAAUGAUACACAUGAUGUAAAAAUGAAAAAUACGAAAGUGUCAUCGAAUUUCACCUCUAAUAUUAAGAGAGAUGGGAAAAAUGGUCCUAAUAAAGAUAAUAAUAUAUCAGCGGAAAUCACCGCUCCGACAACAAAUACAACGUUAAUAAAAAUUAUGCAAUUAAAAUCAGAAUUGAUCGUUAAUUCUAAUUUACUUAUUUAUAUUUUCACUGCUCCUACUUUCAGAAAUGUAAUUUAUAGCAAGAAGAAGUUAUUGAAUGAAUGCCUACUUAAAAAAAAAUAUCGAUCCAAGUUAUGCUCAAACAAUCAAAGAUCUUUAAGUCGAUCGAUAGAAACUUCAGGAAAUAUCAAUAUGUCUGAGCAAAAUUUCUCUCAAAAAAAUGAUACAAAGUCACUUCACCAAAGUUCAAAAUUAGAUGAAACAAGUCAAUUACAAUUGGAAGAUUGGCAUAAGGAAAAUGCUGAAGAUUUAUUACUUCGAGCAGUGCAGGAAUAUCAGUUGUACCUCAACAAUCAGGAAAAAAGGAUACAAGUCUAA